AUAACGACAGCAGCCUCACCAUUAUAUCAGGACCAUGGUGGAACAAACUGAAUCCAACUUCAGCGGGUACUAUUUUGACAACACUUCAACUAGAGUCCAGAGCAGCUUCGUCUUUUCAGGACCUAUGUUUGUCAUUUUGAUGGUAAUGAUGGUGACUUUGGACGUUGUGAUAGUUUUGGGCAACGCACUGGUCAUUUUCGCUUUUAAAGUGGACAAGAGUUUGAGGACACAAUGUAAUUACUACUUCCUGAAUUUGGCAAUAUCAGAUUUUCUUGUAGGGGCAUUCUGCAUCCCAGUGUACAUGCCUUACAUCCUCACAGGAAAGUGGACACUCGGCCGCAGACUGUGCAAGCUGUGGCUGGUCAUGGACUACCUCCUUUGUUCUGCAUCUGUCUUCAACAUUGUCCUCAUCAGCUACGACCGCUUCCUGUCCGUCACCAGAGCAGUAAGUUACCGUGCACGACAGGGCAUGACUCACCAAGCCAUAAUCAAGAUGAUUGCUGUCUGGGUGCUAGCCUUUGUCCUGUAUGGCCCAGCUAUCAUAUUCUGGGAGUUGGUGGUGGGCAGAAGCAGCGUUCCAAAGGAUGAGUGUUUUGCGGAGUUCUAUUACUCUUGGUACUUCCUGCUGAGUGCCUCCAUGCUGGAGUUUUUCUCUCCUUUCAUCUCUGUGGCUUUCUUCAACCUCAGCAUUUACCUCAGCAUUCGCAAGAGGAGGUUCCACAGCAGGGAGGCCCAGCUCCACCUUCAACUGAGCAAAACUGCCUCUGCCCAGGGGAAAGAUAUCCCCCUGUCCCACAACUCCGAGGUUGGGAUGAAACUGGCUGUAAGAGGCUCUAUCCACUCCCAGUCCUCCUCUCCCAGCUUGGGUAAACUAGAUCACUCGACCAGCAGGGCUGCCCAUCCUAGCCGCCUGUCCAGGGACAAGAAAAUUGCUAAGUCCCUGGCCAUCAUAGUGUGUGUGUUUGCCAUCUGCUGGGCACCGUACACCCUACUGAUGAUCAUCCGUGCUGCCUGCAGAGGGCGGUGCAUCCAGCAUCAUUGGUACGAGGUCACCUUCUGGCUCCUGUGGCUCAACUCUGCUAUUAACCCGUGCCUGUACCCACUUUGCCACAGUAGCUUCCGCAGGGCCUUUAGCAGGAUUCUCUGCCCAAAGAGGCAUAAUACUCCCCAAUCAUCUGUCCUUCGUCUUGGCCAGUGACACGCAGAUACCCACAGAAGCAUGGGGAUGAACAUUGUGCCAGAACCAACCAUGGAAAUAUUCUACAUCCAAACCCAUAAAUUACAACGUUUCAGCAGAUGCAGAUAAACUGUGCAUCAUAAUUUGUCAAAAGUCCAUAAUAUUUAGUUGACAAUUGUGCUUUUCAGUGUUUAAAUGUAUAAAAGGUUGAUGUUGUACAGUAGUGUAUGUAUUUACUGUGUUUACGUAUACAAUGUGUAACAGCAUGAAAGUAAGUAACUGUCUAGAAAUCUGAACACAAUCACAAACAUAUGGUGAUUAUUAGUGCAGUAGAGUUUUAACAUGUGAGAAAAAGUUCUAGAGUUGGCAUUUGUCUUGAUUGAGUGCAAUACGGGCUAGAUAGUGUCACUUCAUUUAUGUUGUUGAGUUUAUGUUAUGCUGCAUGUACCUUGUAAUUGAAAAAUAUAUA